AUGGAGCUCCAGGGCGCGAUCAAGGUGGUUCUGAAUCCGAGAACCUGCCUCGAUCUGCGCCUGCCAGACGGCCUCCUCCUCUCGCUCAUCGCAGAGAAACUCCGGGGGGGCGGAAUGGAUGAUCACCCCGUGAUGGGGUCCCUCGGAUGUCCCCUCAUCGAGCACCUCCGCGCAGGCCUUUCCGGGGACUCGGCCGGGCUCGACCCCAACGGCGGCAAGAGGAGCCAUUUCUCCAGCAUCAGGGGCGACGAUGGCCAGAAGUCGCUCGACGCCGCGGUGAAGUCCAGCUCUCACGAGGCCUUCCACUGGGGCCUGGCAGCUGGGGUGUACUCCGGGCUGACGUACGGCCUCAGGGAGGCCAGGGGUUGCCGUGACUGGAAGAACAGCGCGAUCGCAGGUGCCAUCGCCGGCGCGGCAGUGGCGUUGACGGGGGACGCCGGCGGCCACUCCGACAAGCUCGUCCAUUUCGCCAUCACCGGCGCGGCGCUGUCCAGCGCCGCGAGCCUGCUCUCCGGCGUAUUCUGAGCCCAGGGACGGCGGGCGCCGGACACGGGGCGGUUGUCCGGCCAGGUUCUCGAGGGGGGUGUGUUUAGCAUAAAGAAGUUGCAUUGCAGCUCCCCGACCAUGAAAAAUGUAUUCCUAGAUCCGCGUGUCAGCUUGCUGCAGCGAAAUCUGGUGCCAUGGGGUUCUAGGGGCCGUUUAGUUCCCACAAAUUUUCAACUCCUCUUUAA